AUGGAAACGGGUAGAGAAGGAAACACAUCAAGUGCAUCCUGCCAUUCUGAUCUCAAGUGUUCACAUCAGAAAGUCAACGGAACGACUAAUGAGCUGAUAAACGAUUUAAAAGCAGAAUUCGGGAGUCUCUCAAAGUUAACUAAUUUCAAUAGAACCGGAGGUGACGUUAUACCGGUAUUCGCUUCAAAGGAACGGAUAGUAUGUGAGAUGAUUGUUGGUCCAGAACACGUGAAUGCCAAGGGAACACUACAUGGAGGUCAAACCGCUUCGCUCACUGAUAUAGUUACGGCUCGUGCUGUCGGUCUAACAAUUAAGGACCAAGCAUUAGCGUCGAUUGAACUUUCUGUGAGUUACAUGCUUCCCGUCCAACUUGGAGACGUCAUCGAAAUCACGGCAUACGUUCUCAAACUCGGUCGAAACGUAGCAUUUACAGAAGCGGAGUUCCGAAGAAGGUCUGACGGAAAACUAGCGGCGAAAGGUCGUCACACACUAGCAAUACUUCCGAAACAGCCAAAUCGUGACGGAGCGAAACUUGCCCAGUUCUAA